AAAAAUGUAUGUUGGAGGGAUCAGACUGUUAUCACUUGUUUUCUGGAAUGGGUCUUAGUAACACUAACCAGUAGACCAAUUCUGGUGAGAGGCAAAUAGAUAACCCAACCUGGUAUAUAUUCUAGCUAUUCCCCACCCCCCAAAAAGAAUUAAUUAUUAGAUGUAACUUGCCGUUUACAGGAAAUACUGGGGAUGGAGAAACAAACUAAAGGACACUAGGAGGGAGCAACUAGACAAAUCUAAAAGGUGAGGCAUUCUGCAGGGCACCUGGCCAGCUCUCUUCAGCAAGUCGGUACGAUUUUUAAAAAAUAUGUUUUUACUGAUUUCAGAGAGAGGAAGGGAGAGGGCGAGAUAGAAACAUAAUGAUGAGAGAAUCAUCGAUUGGCUGCCUCCUGCAUGCCCCACACAGGGGAACAAGCCCACAGUCCAUCCAUAUGCCCUGACUGGGAAUCGAACUGCGACCUCCUGGUUCAUGUGUUGACGCUCAACCACUGAGCCACACUGGCCGGGCUGUAUGAAAGUCAAAACUACUAGAUAAGAAUAUCAGAUGGCUUCUGGGGAUUUCUGUUCACCUGGAGAAGGGAUGGAAAUACUCCAACAAGUGUGCAGCAGACAGCUUCCUCCUUGUAACCUGAGUGAAGAGGACCUGUUACAGAAUCCACACUUCAGCAAACUGCUGCUGAGUCUCUCACAACACGUGGACGAGAGUGGCUUAAGCCUCUCCCUGGCAAAGGAACAGGCUCAGGCAUGGAAGGAAGUUCGACUGCAUAAGACAACAUGGCUGAGGUCUGAGAUUUUACAAAGAGUCAUCCAAGAGCUGCUUGUGGACUACUAUGUGAAGAUACAAGACACAGAUUUAACUUCUGAGGACAAAAAGUUUCAUGAGACCCUUGAACAGCAGCUACUUGUGACUCAACUAACACAGCUCUUAGGUCCUAGCCAGGAGAGGGUGAUGCCUCCACUGCUAGGACUGGAGAAAGCAGACCUUCUGGAGCUCAUGCCACCCUCAGAGGAUUUUGUGUGGAUGAGAGCUCGGCUCCCACUGGAAGUGGAGGAGCAACUCAAGAAGAAAUGUUUCACUCUGCUUUGCUACCAUGAUCCUAAUUCCGAUUCAGACCAUGAAACCCUGAAGGCAGCAAAGGUAUGGAAACUGGCAGAGAUCCUGGUGAGUGAGAAGCAGCAGUGCCAGGAUGCCAAGAGCCAGCAGAAGGAGCAGGUGGUGCUGCUGGAGAAGAAGAGUGCCACCUACUCCCAGGUGCUUCUCCGCUGCCUCGCCUUGCUGCACAGAUUGCUUCAGGAGCACCGGCUGAAGACUCAGUCUGAGCUAGACCGCAUCAACGCCCAGUACCUGGAGUUCAAGUGUAGUGCCAUGAUCCUUAAGCUGAGGAUGGAAGAGCUAAAGAUUUUGUCUGACACUUACACUGCUGAGAAAGUAGAAGUUCAUCGUCUCAUUAGGGACCGUUUGGAAGGGGCCAUUCGGCUACAAGAACAGGACAUGGAGAAGUCCCGACAGGUCCUAAACACCUAUGAGGUCCUUGGGGAGGAGUUUGACAAGCUGGUAAAAGAGUACACCCAACUCAAGCAGACAACUGAGAACAGGCGUUGGGCACUCCAGGAGUUCAACAAAGCCUGCCGCUGAAUGUCGGCAGGCCAGGAGGCACGGCUUGUGCACUGGCACUGCUUCCUCUUCCUGCUAAAAGGACCGCCUCCACCUGGGACCAUCUUCACUCAAGGGAGUGUGGGGACACUUGCUCGAAACACUGCAGUCAUUUGGGCACCCUCCUUGUUUACAACGACUGAAUCUCUUCUGGACAGUGUGGCCGAUUUAUGUAAAUUUAUGUACAGCUAUCUCCUGAAUAAAGUGAUAAUAUUG